AUGCCGCCUCCCAACUCGGCAUCACACGGCACACCAGUCCUGUCACCCACCACACUCGUGCCCGAACCGUUGUCGCGACGAUCGUCGGUUCCCGACUCCCCGGUCCCUGUGGAGAGCGAUAACGCCCACGACGAUAAUGUGAACUUCCUUCGGUCUCGAUCCUUACUGUACAAUCCGCUACUACCGUCACUCAGCCGACAUCGCCGUCGUCGAUACCAGACUUCGCAUCCCCGACAGAUGGAAGAACCGUCGGCCGACGACCGGAUGGACCUGGACGACCCCAGCAACCUCCGGUUAUCCGUCGAAAUCAACCGUCGCAUCCCUAUCGUCCGACGUCAACGUGAAGAGCCCAGAAGUGUGCCUAACUACGAGACCCGCCGGUCGAAUUCGCGCUCCUUGUAUGGAUGGGCCCCUGGGUCAGAUGACGAGGACGAGGAUCCCCGCCACGAAGAAUCGGAUGGUGACCAGAUCCAACCUUUCCUCCACGCAGUUCCAGAUCGCAACGCCACGUCAAGUCGAUCUCGCCGACAUGAAUCAACAGCGCACACACCCCCGAUUGCAGUCGGGGAUGGUCCUACCGAGGGUUCCAAUCGAUGGUUGAACGGGCCGAUCCCGAUGGAGCUGUUGCAGUCGACAAGGCGACAGCCGAGAUUGGCGAGAACGCGGACACUGGAGAGCUUUCUGUUGGAUCGGUAUGGGGCUCGGCCAAACGAUGAGUUUGAAGAGACCGAGCGGACGGGGGGUUCAUCAUCCACAAGAGCCUACCGAUAUCGUCCGCCCAACAGGGGCGACUCACAACGACCUCUAACUCAUAGCGACCUGCGCGCCCGGGUUGCUGCACAUCGGCAACUCCAUUCGAGUACCCCUGGCGACUCGGUUCUGAAGGAUACCAUCAACUACCUCGAACGUCUCCGAUAUUCCAAUUCCUUUGAGGAGAGCAUCAGCUCCGCGGCCGCAACGGGCUUCAUCUCAUUGGAGAACUUCUCGUUGAAGGACAGCGACUUCAUUCUGGACAUCAACACCAUUGUGCCACCGGCACCCUGCUCAUGGUUGCGGCCUGGAGUGGUAUUCUCUGGCUGCCAACGGGCUGCGAACGCGAGCUGUUCUGUAUUGUCCCAGCGCGUGCAAAGUCCCCACACGCCCAGCGAGCCAGUGAUCGUCAACGGCAGCGACAGUACCCGCAUCAGUGUUUAUACGUCAAACGGGCGAAGGUAUCUUGCCAAUGCGCGGGAUGAGAACUGGCCUGUCAAGGUCACAAUUCACAGCAUAAACUACACGGACAUGACGUUGUCCGGUACCAUGGAGGCCUACAAUAUCCCCGACAAGUCGUCACCAACCCAUGAUGCGCAUAUCGUGACGUUCUUGGAGGGAGAAAUCAUCGACUUCAACAAGCAUACCCUUGAGACUAAGAACUUCAAGGCGGAUGCGGAUAUCGAUAGCACAUAUUGGCCGGAACUGCAGCCAUUCAAGGAUCUGCCCGAUUCUGAAAUUGCCAAGAACCUCGUGAGCAAGAAAUGGAUUACCGAGGAAUUGGUUCAAGGGUGGAUCCUUAUGAGAUGGAAAGAGCGAUGCUUCAUUACUCCAACCGAUGCGCGUCAGGGUCUUACAAUAUCCGGCUUCUACUACAUCUCUCUCCGACGUGAAGAUGGCCACAUUAAUGGCUUGUAUUAUGACCCAGGCAGCUCGCCUUACCAGCAACUGUCUCUGAAACCAGAAACGACGAAAAUGGUUCGACCUUCCUACAGCUUCCGCUAG